AUGACAGUGCACAUCGCGCCAUCGGCGGCCGUGUGCGUCCAGGCGCAGCUCAACGGCGCCGUAACGGUCGGGGCACAGAGCGCCGUGCAUCCUGGAGCAACUGUGUGUGCGGCAGACGGUGCUGCGAUCGUAUUGGGCGAUCGCUGCUUCGUAGAAGACGGCGCGGCGCUGGUCACCGACGCGCCGGGGGAGAUGCUCAUUGGCAGUGGCAAUGUGUUCGAGAGCGGCUGUGUGGUGCGCAGUCGGCGCGUGGGCCACAACAACUGGUUCGAGCCCAAGGCCGAGUGCCGCGCAGACUCUGUGAUUGGCGACAACUGCCUCAUUGGCAGCGGCGUCGUCGUGGCGCAGGGCGAGUGCGUGCCGGACAAUACGGUACUCGUGGUGGUCCAGACGCCGCUCGGUGACCUGCGACGCGUGACGCGGACGCAACGGACGUACUUGAGGGAGAUGCACGCUGCACUGGUGCAAAAGUAUGCUGCGGUUUUCGCGCGGGGCUCGAAGAGCGUCUAUGCGCUCGAGAAACACCACGAAUUGCGGACGUAA